GCAUGGUAGUCCAGUACUUAUUACCUGUGGAAUCCACGUUGCAGGUAACGGAAUUGUUUGAGGAUUUCUGAUGAGAUUAUUACAGAUUGUUUGAAACUGUGCAUUCGCCGCAGGAGGUUCCGAUUCACGUAAAGUACCAGCAAGAUCGUGCAUUGUACCAUGUUGCCGACAACUAUCCGCAAUUGUUGGUGUAACUGUUGAGGUAUCUCCAUGGUAACGAAUACUACUUCAGACGUGCUCAAUUGUAACAAGCUAUUUGGAUUGCUCUUACAAGUUAGCGUGUCUCAUAACUAAAUACAAUAUUAAUUUAAAUAUUCUCGAUAAAUCAUAAGAAAGUAAUCUACAUCAUAAAAUUUAGAAUCAGAGGUUGCAAGUCUAAAUUGAACAAAGUUUAAUCAAAUCACAGAAACGUUAACGAAGAGUUAUGGAUGAUUCUAAAAAUAAUUCUGUAGUUAAGCAUAAUAUCUUAAACUGUCAAGAGAAAGUACUUAAAUCUAUAGAAAAACAAUUAGAUAGCAAGUUAUUUCGUGCAGAGAUUUAUAAUCAAAUUAAAAAAACUGUUGAUUCCAGAAGCAGCGAAAAACACCAAAAAGAAAUUUGCUUGUUCAAUAAAAAAAAUGAAAUCAGAAUGUCAGAAGAUCUUAUAAAAAAACAUUGUCGAGAGCACAAACUUUAUGAAACUCCAAGUCUUAACGACGUAUUGUAUUUACAUUAUAAAGGAUAUUCUUUCAUUGAGAACUUAGAAAAUUAUACAGGACUGAAAUGCCUUUGGUUGGAAAAUAAUUGUAUUCAAGCAAUCAAGAAUUUAGAUAAUCAGAUACAGCUUCGAUGCCUAUUUCUUCACCAUAAUCUAAUUAAAAAAAUUGAAAAUCUUGAACAUUUGAAGAAACUUGACACACUUAAUAUUUCCUAUAAUCUGAUUAGUAAAAUUGAAAAUCUUGGUUCCUUGAAAAAUCUUAAUUCUCUGAACGUGUCUCAUAAUUAUUUACAAAAUGCAGAAGAUAUAGAGCACGUACGAGUUUUGGAUAGUGUUUCUAUUUUAGACAUAUCAUAUAACAGAAUUGAUGAUCUACAAGUGAUAAGCUUUUUAGGAUUGAUGAAAUCUCUGCGUGUCCUUAAAUUGGUAGGCAAUCCAGUAAUAAAAAAAAUCAAAGCCUAUCGAAAAUGUGUUAUAGCAGAAUGUCCAAAUCUUCAAUAUUUAGAUGACAAACCUAUUUUUGCUAAGGAUCGUGAGUGUGAAGAGAUGACCGUAAACGUGGUAUUUAUAUAA